AUGGGAAAUAAAUCAACACGUGAAAUUAGAGAAAAAAUUGAGUAAUUCAAGGAAGAUUCUGAAAAAAAAGAAAUUGAUUGGAUAAUCCACAAUUAAAACGAAGUUUAUGAACAAAUGUUGCUAUUGUCGAGAUACUUCUCAAUAUAAAAGCUUCAAUUGAGUUUCAUUGAUCCCAACAUUGGUGAUAUCACACCACUCAGAGAUGCAAUCCAAGGGAGUGAAAUCUUUGAAGUACUCAAAAUACAAGCACAGAAUACAAAAAUCAAUGAUUCCAACAUUAUACCCUCACACAUUACAACACUGUCUAGAUUUCAUUUAGACUUAUCUAACACUCAAAUUACUGAUGUUUCAAACGUAAUUCAAGUUUUAAAUUAAAAUAUUCAAUUAGAAUCGAUCUACCUGAACUUCAAUAAAACUCAUAUAACAUCUAUCAAGUUAUUCGAUGUUCAUUUGUUUACUUAACUCAAAUCCUUAACUCUCUUCGCAGGACAUACGCAACUAAAUAAUAUAGAGUAAUUUGCACUCAAUAUCUCCAAAUUGUAGCAUCUGGAAGAAUUGCAUUUAGAUUUUGGAGCAACUCAAAUUACUGAUUUGGCCCCCCUUGGAUCUGGUAUCAGAAAACUCAACAAAUUGCUCUAAUUGACCAUCAAAUUGGAUAAUUUAUAAAUGGAAAACCUAUUUGAGUUGAUGCAAGGAAUCAGUUUUUGUAUUAACCUCUGUCAUUUGACACUUACCUUCAAUAACACAAAUCUAAAUAACAUAGAUCAGUUAGGUGAUCUAUUGAAAUAGCUACAAAAUCUUGAAUACCUCAACAUUCAAUUUAGCAACACCAAAGUGACUUAGGCAGACAAUCUAUUCUAAAAAAUUGGGUAUUUGACAGCCUUGAAAUCAUUGUCACUAAAUUUUAAGGACACUGCCAUUAGCAGUCUGACAUUACACAGAAUCCUGAACAGUAUUCAAAAGAUUGAGCAUCUGAGGAUAUCUGCAAAUAAGAAUUUUGAUUAAAGUGUACUUGAUGCCAUUCCCUAAUAAUCAUAAAUGAAAAGUUUGAUUUUGGAUUUGAAUGACACUAAUCUCAACUCAAUCAAUAAAUUGAUGGAUCAAAUAGGAGAUUUAAAGCUUAUGCGAUUUUUAUAAAUACUUAUUUCUAACACCCAAGUAGAAGAGUUGAAUUGCAGUAAUCUGAGUAAAUUAUAAAAUCUGAGAACCUUAUAAAUUGAUAUUUCAUAAACUCCUAUGCAGAAGAUUAUUGGAUUAGAGCAAGAGCUGGGACAGAUUAAAUUUUUGAAUCAGUUUAUAUUUGAUACCGUGGAUACGAAAUUCCACAAUAAUGAAUAUAAGGAGAGGAUUAAAUAAGAAUUGAAAAAAUUAGAAUAUUUGAAAGAGUUUCAUUUAUGAUGAAAUAUAAAAAUUAUUAUCAAGAAGAUUAAUAUAUUGAUUCAUUUUA